GCAGCGCGUCGCGUGUCCCCGCAUUCCACCUAGCUCCCGACAGAAAAGAAAAAAAAGAAAAAGAAAAAAGAAACUUAGCAUACUUCAUCUCACAAGGGGAGGAAAUUAUCCAUGGACGGUCCUUUUUGAAAAGGAAAGAUGGUUGGUACAUCCAGGACCGCUGACAAGCUGUGAAUUCCGCCGACCCGACCAAAAGACAAGAAGGACAGCCGCCCAACAUGACCUCCCAACCUACUCAGGCUCAACUCAACCUCGCCGCUCUAGCGGAAUCUCCAUCACCGCGAACGAUGCGAAGUCUGCGCAAGAUCCAGUCCCACCAGCUUCUCUCGUCAACCCAGCUAUCCCAACCUCCAAGCGCUCGUACCUCCGCCGGGCCCGACGAACUCUCCCAGCCAGCUCAGCUAGAUUCGCCGGUGCGCCUGCGCACGCAUCGUCGAGCUCGGUCGAAUAGCGACGCCGCUUCCCGUGAACCUCCUAUCCUCGGAACCCAGCGACGGUCGGGAAGGAAAACUGGCUCUGGCUUUGGCAUCAAGAGAUCGGUACUGGAGACACUGUUGCGGGAUGGACCGCAGCAAGGGAAUGUCCGCGAAGGACUACAAGAGCUACGAUACUUGAUUUUAUCUACAAGGGUCGAGGCGGAUGCCGACGGCAUGUCCGCGUAUCGAGUCUACCUCUGGCUAGCGCUUCUUGACAUCCCUCCUGUUCCAACUGACGAAUACCUCGCUCUGAUUCACCGGGGCCGCUCACCAGCAUAUACGAAAAUCCGCAACGACACUUUCCGCACGCUGGCCACCGACCCCUUAUUCAAACGCCGAGUCACGGAGGCCAGCCUGAUCCGGCUACUUAACGCGGUGGCAUGGAAACUUCACGAUGCAAAGAAUAAGAACAGGGUCAAGUCUCGUUCAUCAACGUCUCGUCGGCGAGAUAUAGAGUUUCUGAUCAACACCCCCCCCAGCAUCGCAGAGGAAGAAUCAGACCUGGAGAGGACAAUAUCGAGCAACAACCGCAGCGGUACCAUCACCAGCGACUCGGCGAUCUACGUGCAAGGCAUGAACGUCCUCUGCGCACCGUUCCUCUAUGCAGCGCGCAGUGAAGUCGAGGCUUUCGCCCUGUUCCACUCGUUCAUCACCCGUGAAUGUCCGGGCUAUAUCCGAGGGGCUAUGGACGGGGUCCAUCGAGGACUCCGUCUAGUAGACCGAUGUCUAGAGAUUGUCGAACCCAAGCUUGCGGCAUACCUAUUCUCCAAGGGAAUGCAAGCGGAGCUCUACGCCUUCCCAUCCGUGUUGACCAUGUGCGCCUGUACACCACCCUUACCGGAAGUCCUUCACCUAUGGGACUUCCUAUUCGCCUACGGCCCACACCUAAACAUCCUAUGUAUUGUUGCCCAACUCAUCCGAAUGAGAGAUACCAUCCUCGAAAGCCCAAGUCCAAACAAGAUCCUCCGAUCCUUCCCACCCCUCGAUGCCAAAGAAAUCAUCGCCCUAACCGUCCUGAUCGUCCGGAAGAUCCCCGAACCCCUCUACGCCGAACUGAUCGACCAUGCCAAAUAGUCUGCAUGGUGUCACUCGAACUCGGCGUGUGAACUUUUAUUACGUGUAUUAUUUAUGAAUUUCCUAUUCGGUAUAUUCCUCUUGGCCUAGAAACUUAAUAGCCUGUUUCGUCCGUGGUGAAGGCGUUCCCUCUCUUGCUUUGAUCUUUAUCUUUAAUUUUCUUUUCUUUUCUUUUUCUUAUUUGUUUUGGUUUGAUCUUUCUAAAUUUCAUGCCUUAUGAGAUGGCAUUGUAUUAUGACAGUAUGAUAGUAUGAUGAAGAGAGAAUUUGCAUUAGCUGCUAGAUGAUUU